UUCGAGAAGAGCUGAGGUGAGAAUUUCGUGGACUUCAAUGGCUACGUUUUGCCUAUCGAGGAUUGUUUCACUCCUUCUGGUGUGGAUAAUUCCAGAAAUCAAUGCAGUGGAUAAGGGAAACUUCAAAAAGUGUGAACAAAGUAGCUUUUGCAAGAACAAUAGGGCCAUCCAAGCAGGAGAGUCGCCAUUUUCAGUAGUCAAAGAUUCAAUAGUGUUUACAGAUUCCUCUUUUGAUGUUGAUAUACUAAACAAGAAAUCAAAUGUAUUACUCAGUCUAAAGCUUCAAACAUUAGAAAAAAAUACUGUUAGAUUUAGAAUUAAUGAAAAGAACCCAAUUAGACCAAGAUAUGAAGUCAAAGAUGUCUUGAUUAAAGAACCAAAGACUAUUAGUAACCAAAAACUCAAACAGGAUGAUGAGAGUGUCCACAUUGGAUUUAAUAACAACAGUGUUGUUUUAACAUACAAACCUUUUCGCCUGGAUUUUUUGGUUGAUAAUGAAGUGGCAGUGUCUGUGAAUUCAAGAGGGCUGAUGAACUUUGAGCAUUAUAGGGAGAAACAGAAAAUUCCUGUCAAGGUUGAAGAUGAAGAUGAAGAAGGUCACCCACCUGGAGAAAAUGAGGAAGAAAAGUCAGAUGAUCAGUCAGAGUCGGAAGAAAAUGCUGAGAAAAAAGAAGAAGAAGAGGAAAGAGUGGAAGAGGAGAACUGGGAAGAAAACUUUAAAGAGCAUCAUGAUUCAAGACCACGAGGUCCUUGUUCUGUUGGUUUGGACAUUUCAUUCCCUGGUGUUGAACAUGUGUAUGGAAUCCCGGAACAUGCAGACACUUUAGCUCUUAAGACAACUGUUGGUUCAGAGCCAUACCGUUUGUACAACUUGGAUGUAUUUGAGUAUGAGCUGGACUCCAGAAUGGCUCUUUAUGGAAGCAUUCCUGUCAUGAUCGCUCAUAGUGUUGCACGGACAGUUGGUGUGUUCUGGAUGAAUGCAGCUGAAACAUGGGUGGACAUCAGUUCAUCCAGUGCUAGAAAGUCCAUGUUAAACUCACUGAUGUCAUUUUUCAAGGGAAGUGAAGAGGUCCCUCAGGUUGACACCCACUGGAUUUCAGAGAGUGGCAUCAUUGACGUGUUUGUCAUGCUGGGUCCAAAACCUCAUGAACUGUUCCAAGAGUAUGCUGCAUUCACUGGCACUACAGCCCUGCCACCGUUGUUUGGGAUAGCUUAUCAUCAGAGUCGAUGGAAUUACAAUGAUGAAGAUGAGGUGAAAAAGUAUGUUGCACUUGAAUAUAUGACUUGGGACAAGCAUAAAUUUCCAACUCCUGACCAGAUGCAGAAAAACCUGGCAUCAAAAGGUCGAAAGAUGGUUACUAUAAUUGAUCCCCACAUCAAACGCGAAGGUGGAUAUCACAUUCAUGAGGAAGCGACAAAACUGGGCCACUAUGUGAAGAACAAAGAUGGCGGAGAGUAUGAGAACUGGUGUUGGCCAGGAACCUCAUCCUGGAUCGAUUUCCUCAGUCCGGAAAUUCGCAAAUGGUGGGCCAGUAAGUUUUCUCUAAGCGAGUAUAAGGGCUCUACAGAAACUCUUUUUACCUGGAAUGACAUGAAUGAGCCUUCUGUUUUCCAUGGACCGGAAAUAACCAUGCACAAAGACGCGCUUCACUUCGGGGACUGGGAACACCGCGAUGUGCACAACAUCUACGGCUUCUAUCAGCACAUGGCAACAGUGCAAGGACAAAUAGACCGUUCAGGGGGUAGGGAAAGACCGUUUGUCCUGUCGCGAGCAUUUUUUGCCGGAACUCAAAGAAAUGGUCCAAUUUGGACGGGUGACAACAUGGCGGACUGGAGCCACCUAAAGGCAUCCCUUCCAAUGAUCCUCACUCUGAACUUGGUCGGGUUACCAUUUUCCGGAGCUGAUGUCGGUGGCUUCUUUAACAAUCCUGACCCAGAGCUGUUACUCAGGUGGUAUCAGGCGGCUGCUUUCCUCCCCUUCUUCCGUGCGCAUGCUCACUUGGACACAAAGCGCCGGGAACCGUGGCUUUACGAUGAGCAGUACAAGAAUCUGAUCAGAGAUGCCAUCCGUGUGAGAUACUCAUUGCUGCCCUAUUGGUACACCUUGUUCUACCACACCUCCGAGACGGGCACGCCCAUAGUCCGGCCUUUGUGGGUUGAGUAUCCGGAAGAGAAGAACACUUUUGCAAUGGAGGAUGAAUUUUUGCUCGGAAAGGAUCUUCUCGUAAAACCAGUAACCACUCAAGGACAGAACUCGAUAGAUAUUUACCUUCCAGGAAAAGGAGAGUAUUGGUACGACCUGCAUGAUUUCAAGAUUUACCGAGGGGAGAGUACGAUCUACGUGUCUACACCACUCGAAAAGAUCCCAGUUUUCCAGCGGGGAGGAAGCAUCAUCGCCACCAAGCAACGAAUCCGCCGAUGCAGUGCACUCAUGCACAAGGAUCCUUACACUUUGACGAUGGCCUUGAACCCCAGUGCUGAAGCAGAAGGAGAUCUUUACGUGGACGAUGGACACACCUUUGACUACAAGAAUGGUGCCUACAUUUACAUGAAGUUCUCAUUCCGUGGCGGACGAUUGGUAGCAAAGAAUGCAUCUAAACCCAUCCCCCUUCAGCCUCAGUCUGAAGAAUCCGGGAUUUUAUCAUCGAUAUGGAACAUCCUGUUAGUAGAUUUGUUCUUGUCUUUUCAUAAUACUUGGAUAGAAAGGAUUGUAAUUCUUGGAAUCAGUAAUGCUCCGAAAGGAAUCUUCCUUACUGCUGAUGGUGGAGAGAACAGACAUCUGCAGUUUGCGCACGAUACUUCAACGAACACGAUGACAAUCAAGAAUCCUGGGGUUAAUAUAGCUAAGGAAUGGACCAUCUCUAUGCACGCCUAAAUAAGAUUAUCAGUAAUUAUCAACUUUUUUUACACAUUUUCGGGAAUUGUUUUCACGAUAAUAUACAAGACGACUUCCUCUCGUCUUUAAUUAGGCACGGCGAUCUAGCCACUAAGUGAGAAAGCUUUUGUAACAACUAGCUGUAAAGCAGGAAUUAAAGUGAUUUUUACAAACAAA